CCUUCACACCAUCAUCAUCGUCGACAUCUUCUUCCUUGUCCCGCACGUGAAUUCCAACACACACUUCACAUAUUUAUACCUCACACAUUUCACCCUCUCUGUAUACACACACCUAUACAUACAUAUAUACAUACACAAAUAUAUAAUUAAUUCAUUUUAUACAUAACAAAUAUACAAAAUACAUCAUUUAUACAGACAAAUUAAAAUUAAUACAAUCAAUCUCCGGCGAUUUAGGGGAACGCCGUUAAAUCCAAACCCUAACAUUAACAUGUAAACAACAAUAAUGCACACUAAAAUCCUCCGUCACAACACGCCGUCACCACCUUCUUCCCCUCGCAACCGUUCACCUCGUCUCCGUCACAACCGUUCCGUUAAAUCUCCGUUAACUCACCGUUCCUUCUUUCACCGUUUCGCUUGGAUCGUUAUCUCCGUUCUUCUUCGCCGUCAAGGCGUGUUGCUGUGUGCGCCGCUGUUGUAUCUGUGUUUUAUGGUGUUUUAUAUCGAUAGAGUACAAUUCGGCGUCGGACGAGAUGGAAUUCGACGCGAAUUGACCGUUGGAUCGGUGUAUCGGAGUCCUGAGCUUUACGCUAAAGUUCGGCGUGAUAUGGAUGCUGAUAAUUCAACUGCUGAUGCGAUGUCAACCGUAUGGAAACGUGCUAAAGGUGCAGAUUGGAAGCCCUGUAUAAAUAAGUUGUCAGGAGGUUUACCAGAGUCUAAUGGGUACAUAUAUGUUGAGGCAAAUGGUGGAUUAAAUCAACAGAGGACCUCGAUCUGCAAUGCAGUUGCUGUGGCAGGAUAUCUGAAUGCAACGCUAGUCAUUCCUAAUUUUCAUUUUCAUAGCGUCUGGAGAGAUCCUAGCAAAUUCGAUGACAUAUACGAUGAAGAUUUUUUCGUCAAAACUUUGGAAAACGAUGUACGAGUGGUCAACACUAUACCUGGAUAUUUAAUGGAACGGUUUGAUCGCAAUAUGUCGAAUGUUUUCAACUUCAAAAUAAAAGCUUGGGCGCCUAUCCGGUACUACAGGGAUACAGUUCUUCCAAGGCUACUAGAAGAAAAGGUCAUAAGGAUAUCUCCAUUUGCAAACCGAUUGUCUUUUGAUGCCCCACCUGCGGUUCAAAGGCUUCGUUGCUUGACUAAUUAUGAAGCUUUACGAUUUUCAAACCCUAUAUUGACAAUGGGUGAAACUUUAGUUGCUAGAAUGAAAGAGAGAAGUGCAAAUAAUGAUGGCAAGUACAUUUCUGUGCAUCUAAGGUUCGAGGAGGACAUGGUUGCUUUUUCUUGCUGUGUAUAUGACGGUGGAAGAAGAGAGCUUGAAGACAUGAUAGCUGCAAGAGAAAGGGGGUGGAAAGGUAAAUUUACAAAGCCUGGUAGAGUCCUUCAGCCGGGAGUCAAUAGGGUCAAUGGAAAAUGUCCCCUCACACCUUUAGAGGUUGGAUUGAUGCUUAGAGGAAUGGGAUUUGAUAGAAAUACAUCUAUUUAUUUAGCAUCUGGUCAGAUAUAUGAUCCAGAGAGAUAUAUGGCUCCGCUGCUAGAAAUGUUUCCUCUUCUACAGACAAAAGAGAUGCUAGCAUCUGCUGAAGAACUUGCACCAUUCAAGAACUUCUCUUCAAGAAUGGCUGCAAUAGACUACACUGUUUGUCUCCAUAGUGAAGUGUUUGUUACAACUCAAGGAGGAAACUUCCCACAUUUUCUGCUUGGUCAUAGAAGGUAUUUGUUCAAUGGGCAUGCCAAGACAAUCAGACCGGACAAACGCAAGUUAGCAUUGUAUUUUGAUAAUCCUAGUAUCGGAUGGAGAACAUUUAAAAGGCACAUGUUAGGAAUGAGAGCUCAUAGUGAUUCAAAGGGAAUUGAAUUGAAAAGGCCAAAUGAUUCUGUAUAUUCUUUUCCUUGUCCAAACUGCAUGUGCCAUACAAAUAGAACAGAAGAUUUAAAAACAUCACCACCAUGAUCUUCAACUUAACCAGAUUCUAAACGGUUGUGUGUGCACAUUUGUGGGCUAACCUUUGAUUAAAAAUUAUUUUGUUUUUUGAUCCUCUUUUUGUUAAAGAGGGCUUACAUGAUUAUCAUUUGGGAUUUAAAACGAUUUACUGGUUAGGACAUAGAACAGAGCAAAGUAUUCCUUCAAAGAACAAUCAUAGGUUGUACAUUAUUCAAGAAGAAAGCUGUUUUUUUAGAUGGAGUUCUAUACAAUGUCAUCUUCAUGCAUCUGCUGUAUCUAACAAGUUGCAAUGAAGCUGAGUUUCAUUUGUUGGUAGUUUGUACAUUGGGGUUGAUUGAUUUGAUUACAUCUGAAAUCAUAGGAAUGUGUAUUUGUAAACACCAUUGGUUCAUUGUCAGAUAUCAUAGUGUGAUAGAUUUUGUUAUAGAUACACUCUGUUUUGUCGAGUAAAUGAACAUUCUUUUGUAAAAAUGCACUUUUGUUAUUUGGCCGCAA